GCUCUCGCUUUCCUUGCGGCGUUGUGGGCCCGGCGAGACUCGGUUUCCCGGCAGGCCGUGCGUCCAGGUCGUCGCGGGACGGGAGCUGCCGCGCUGGCUACGAGAAGCUGUGAGAGAGUCGUCCAGUCACCGUUGGUUCCUGUCGUGAUCAUGGCCUCGUUCGUGACAGAAGUUUUGGCACACUCAGGGAGGCUGGAGAAGGAGGAUCUGGGCACCCGGAUCAGCCGCCUGACCCGGCGGGUGGAGGAGAUCAAGGGCGAGGUGUGCAAUAUGAUUAGCAAGAAGUACAGUGAAUUCCUGCCUAGCAUGCAGAGUGCACAGGGCUUGGUUACCCAGGUGGAUAAGUUAUCUGAAGACAUUGACCUGCUGAAGUCCAGGAUAGAGAGUGAGGUCCGCCGGGAUCUUCAUGUAUCAACUGCUGAAUUUACAGACUUGAAGCAACAAUUGGAAAGAGACUCAGUUGUACUAAGUUUGCUUAAACAGCUGCAAGAGUUUUCUAGUGCUAUUGAAGAAUACAAUUGUGCAUUAACAGAGAAGAAGUAUGUCACUGCUGCUCAUCGUCUAGAGGAGGCACAGAAAUGCUUGAAGUUAUUAAAAUCCAGAAAAUGCUUUGAUUUAAAAAUACUGAAAUCUCUCAGCAUGGAGCUCACAAUACAGAAACAGAACAUACUAUAUCACCUUGGAGAAGAGUGGCAGAAGCUGAUUGUAUGGAAGUUCCCACCAUCAAAAGAUACCAGCAGUUUAGAAUCUUGCCUACAAACGGAACUUCAUUUAUGCACUGAACAAUCCCAGAAAGAGGAGAAGACCCCUGUGCCACCCAUCAGUUCUGUCCUCUUGGCCUUUUCUAUUCUUGGAGAACUACACACCAAGCUUAAAUCAUUUGGUCAGAUGCUACUGAAGUAUAUCCUUAGGCCUCUGGCAUCUUGCCCAUUUCUUUAUGCUGUGAUAGAAAACCAGCCUAACACAGUUAUUGUUCGUUUUGAAUCUGUAAUGACUGACUUAGAACAUCCAUCGCCAUCUGAAGUUUUUGCGAAGAUCAGACUGGUACUGGAAGUGCUCCAGAAACAGCUUUUAGAUUUUCCACUUGACACUGACCUAGAAAAUGAAAAAACAUCUUCGAUCAUAUUGGCUGAGAUGCUUGGUGAUGUGAUCUGGGAGGACUUAUCUGAGUGCCUUAUCAAAAACUGUUUGGUUUAUUCUAUUCCAACAAAUAGCAGCAAGUUACAGCAAUAUGAAGAGAUUAUACAAUCCACCGAAGAAUUUGAAAAUGCCCUGAAGGAGAUGAGGUUUUUAAAAGGAGAUACUACAGAUUUGUUGAAAUAUGCCCGUAACAUCAAUUCUCAUUUUGCUAACAAGAAGUGCCAGGAUGUGAUUGUGGCGGCCAGAAACCUAAUGACCUCUGAAAUUCACAACACUGUGAAGAUUACUCCUGAUUCUAAGAUAAGUGUGCCAGACUUACCCAGUCCUGAUGAGGAUAACAAGCUAAAAGUACAGAAAGUAUCCAUACCUCAGUACAAUGAAGUGGUGAAUUUAGAGUCUGAAAAUACAUUGGACCAACAUUCCUUUUCUUUGCCUGCAUGCCGCAUCAGUGAAUCUGUGAAGAAAUUAAUGGAACUUGCCUAUCAGACUUUACUAGAGGCAACAACCAGUAGUGAUCAAUGUGCUGUUCAACUUUUCUAUUCAGUGAGGAAUAUCUUCCAUUUAUUCCAUGAUGUUGUACCGACAUAUCACAAGGAGAACCUUCAAAAACUGCCCCAGUUGGCUGCCAUUCACCACAACAAUUGUAUGUAUAUUGCUCACCACUUACUGACUCUUGGGCAUCAGUUCAGAUUACGUCUUGCCCCCAUUCUUUGUGAUGGCACUACUACUUUUGUGGAUCUUGUACCUGGCUUCAGGAGACUUGGGACAGAGUGUUUUUUGGCCCAAAUGCGGGCACAGAAAGGUGAACUUCUGGAGAGAUUAUCAAGUGCUAGGAACUUUGCAAAUAUGGAUGAUGAAGAGAAUUAUUCUGCAGCAAGUAAAGCGAUCCGGCAGGUACUGCACCAACUGAAGAGACUUGGAAUUGUAUGGCAGGAUGUCCUGCCAGUGAAUAUUUAUUGCAAGGCUAUGGGGACUUUGCUCAAUACAGCAAUUUCUGAGAUCACUGGCAGAAUCACUGCCCUAGAGGACAUCUCUACUGAAGAUGGCGAUAGAUUGUAUUCCUUAUGCAAAACAGUAGUGGAUGAAGGACCCCACAUAUUUGCACCUUUAUCUGAAGAAAGCAUGAACAAGAAAUAUCAAGAAGAAGUUCCAGUCUAUGUGCCAAAAUGGAUGCCAUUCAAAGAGUUGAUGAUGAUGUUACAAGCCAGCUUGCAAGAAAUCGGGGAUCGGUGGGCAGAUGGAAAAGGGCCUCUGGCAACUGCAUUCUCUUCCAGUGAAGUAAAAGCUUUAAUUCGUGCCUUGUUCCAGAAUACAGAAAGACGAGCAGCUGCCCUUGCUAAGAUUAAAUAGCUCCAUCUUCUUGAGAAAGCUAUGACUUCUUGACUAUGUGGAUUCCUCCCUUGGCAUAAUUACCCCCUUAAAGACUUCUUGGAAUCACCCACAGGUUUUGGUGAACCAAUAUAUCAUGGAAGUUUGACUUGACAAAAAAACAGCUUACCUCCUGGCCUGUAUGAGGCUUUGUGUAAGAAUUGGAUAUUAAGAUAAGUUGUCUAGUAAAGCACCUCAAUUCACUGACAUUCUAGCCACCCUCCUUUGAUUAGAUGCGAAACUGUCAGGCAGCAUUAUUUCAUGCUGCUUCCAGACCCCCUGGGAACUAUGUACAUUGUAAAUGUAGGCCCUGGCUUUGGAGCAAGGAAUCUGGGAGAUUCCAAGAGUCAGGAUAGAGAAUUUGUGAGCAAAUGGGAAAUAUUUUUUGGGGGGUGGAGGUGGGAAGUAGGGAUACCAUAUUUAGCCUUGUGGGAAUUAUGGAGACUUCUUGUAAUAUUUUUUCUUUCCAAUAAAUAAUGCUUUUUAUAGUUAA